UCUGUUUCGAAGCUUCUGCUGGUCUCUCUCUGUUAUUCUCUUGCUCGGUCGUUUGGUUACUCAGAUCAGCGGGAACAGAGAUGGCGAAGCAGGAAGCUAGUCCUGCCCCGAGUGCUGAGGUCGUUGGUCAUGCUUUUGUGGAGCAAUACUAUCAUAUUCUUCAUCAAUCUCCGGGAUUAGUCCAUCGGUUUUAUCAGGAUUCAAGUUUUCUAACUCGACCUGAUGCUUCGGGUUCUAUGUCGAUCGUGACAACUAUGCAAGCAAUCAAUGAAAAGAUUCUAUCUUUGAACUAUGAAGAAUACAAAGUGGAGAUUGAAACAGCUGAUGCUCAAGAGUCAUAUGAUAAAGGUGCUAUUGUGUUGGUGACAGGAUGCUUAACGGGAAAGGAUAGCGUGAGAAAGAAGUUCACUCAAAUGUUUUUCCUGGCUCCACAAGACAAAGGAUACUUUGUCUUAAAUGAUGUUUUCAGAUUCUUCGAGGAGAAAGAUCCGGCACAGGCCCAUUCUAUCACCACCAAUGGAGUCAGUGAGAAUACUGAGGCUGUCGAACCAGAACAUGUUACCGAAAGUCACGAGUCAGAGCCAGUUGCCUCCAUAGAGGAAGAAGAUCUUGAUAAUGUGGCAGAGGUGUAUGACCCAUCUGAUAGAGAUGAAGGAUCAGUCGUCGAAGAUGAGAUUGUUGAACCCCUGAUUGAACCGAGGCAGACUGAGAUUCUUUCCAGUGGUGAAGCAGCUCCUGUAUCUCAGGAGGAUGCUCCUAAGCAAUCGUAUGCUUCAAUCCUCAAACUGAUGAAAAGUGGUCCGACCACAUCCCAUGUUGUUGCUGCCAAUAAGCCAAAAGCAGCUCCUGUCAGCGACAACCAGAAGCAAACUGCUCCUCCCGCCAAACCUGUAGCAUCAUCGGAGGCUUUUCCCAGUAACGAGAAUACUCCUGAUAGUAGACAUGUUAAUGGAGAAGACGAUGGGCAUUCGAUCUAUGUCCGGAAUUUGCCUUUUUAUGCCACACCUACACAACUUGAAGAGGCGUUCAAGAAGUUUGGACCUAUUAAGCAUGAAGGGAUUCAAGUCAGAAGCAAUAAGCAAGGCUUCUGUUUUGGUUUCGUUGAAUUCGAAACAUCUAGCGGCAAGCAGGCUGCACUCGAGGCAUCACCGAUUACAAUUGGAGACUGUCAAGCAGUUAUAGAGGAGAAGAAUACGAACACUAGAGUCAGCAGCAGCAGCACGGGAAGGGGGAGAUAUUCUUCAGGAAGAGGAAGCUUCCGGGCCGACAGUUUCAAAGGUGGCCGCGGAAGAGGAGGGUAUGGCAGAGGUGAAUUCAGAAGCCAAGGCGAGUUUUCAGGCCGACCCAAGGGUUCAAACCAGAGGAAUGGAGUAGAGGGUUACCAAAGGGUUCAUCAAAACGGAGGUGGAAGAGGAGGAGGGCGAGGUGGUGGUGGUGGUUCAUCUUGACGGCUCUGAGAUGUGAUUGUAACGUUUUUGGAUUAGAGAGGACCAAGAAGACACUGAAGAUUUACAACCCAACAUUUUUUUUGUUCUGCAUCUUCUGUGGCUUGAGUUCAUCUGUUAAGGCUUGAUUUUUUGUUUCUCGGUCUAGGUUUUUCAAUAUUUUUAUUUUGCCCUUCUUCAUCGAUGUUGAGUACUCUAUAAAGAUUCAAUUUUUACGAGGAAUCCAUGAUAAAGUUGUGUUAUUUA